AUGGGCAAACGUAAAAAAUCGUCGAGGAAACCGGGUCCGACGAGGAAAAAGGAGCCACUUGACAUUACGUUCACAUGCCUUUUCUGCCACCACGACAAGUCAGUGUCAGUGAGAAUGGACAGGAAAGAAGGAGUUGCCCAGCUGAUUUGCAAGGUCUGCGACCAGCGAUUCCAGAGCAAAGUUAACCAUCUCACCGAACCCAUCGACAUAUAUUCCGAAUGGAUCGAUGCUGCAGAUGCGGCACAGUCAGGCGAGCCAGUUGUCCGAUGCCCUACCGCCUCAUCCAGCCGUGCUCGAGCACCACCAUCAGCCGGAAGCGAUGACGAUUGA